AUGUGUAAUACAUGUAACUCCCUGCCCCCCGCGUCACGCAGUGUUCCUACCCCUCUGCCCUCCUUGCCCUCCUACCCCUCUGCCUGCAGUGUUCCAGUGGUAGGGCGAGUGCUCCAGUGGUCGGGCGAGGUGCACUCGGUGCACAAGGUCAGCGCGGCUGAGUGCGCUGCAUGCACGUUUGUCAAGGCGAAGCAGCUCGUGCGCAACCGCAACUACGGGAGCAGCUACUGGUACAAGGCGUGGACGGGCGAGGUGCACUCGGUGCACAAGGUCAACGCGGCUGAGUAUGCUGCACGCACGUUUCUCCACCCCUUACCCUUCCCCCCAUCCUCCUGUCCCUUGACCCCUUACUGCUCCCACACCCUACCCGCAGUGUUCCAGUGGACGGGCGAGGUGCACUCGGUGCACAAGGUCAGCGCGGCUGAGUAUGCCGCAUGCACGUUUGUCAAGGCGAAGCAGCUCGCACGCAACCGCAACUACGGGAGCUACUGGUACAAGGUGAACUGGAGGGAGUACGGCAAGACCAUCUACUUCAGCAGCAAGGCCAACAAGGACUGCAGCCUCGGGAUCAAGGUGGCGUUCAGUGUCGGGUCGUAA